AUGUCUGCUCCUUUUACUAGAUCCAAGGCUCGCCACGUCGAGAUCAUCGAUCGAGCGAUUGAGGAAGCUGAAUUUCUCCGGGAUUUACUUCUUCAAGAACUUGGGCAAGAAGAAGAGCAAGACAUGGAGGUCGAGGAGCCCGAAUUUCCACGUGGAAAGCUUGCGAAAGGAGCUCGCAAGCUUGUCAACAAGAUCGGUGGUGGCAAAAGAAAAAGAAGAAGAAGGCUGCUGCUCUUAUGGACGCUCUUUUUGAGCCUGCAUAUCUCGACGGCAAGGGACCCAUGGGCCGUGCUCAAUUGUACUGGUUCUUGCGAAAGUGCAUCGAUGACGGCAACUACUGCGUUAGUUUUCGAACACGAAAAGGCCGAACUAUGGUCAUGA